UCGUCCCCUAUGGUGAAGAAAAAAACAAUCUAACCUGACCUCAUUGACCCAAAAAAGACUUCUAGAGGUCAAUGCCUGACCUAACCCUACCUUCUAACCUACAACUUACAACCUACCAACCUACCAACCUUAAGCCCACAACCUAUAUCCCACCAUUCCAACCUGCAUCCUACUAACCUUCCAUUCUUACUCCAUGUAUACAUAUACCAGGCUAGGUGCCUAUUUUUUGUUAAGUUAAAUUCUGGAAUCCUGCUAGUAUAUACCUGUUUUUCAUGGUCAGUGCUCAUAUGGACAAUUUUCUAGGUCACUAUAUGGUGGCACUAGGAACGGCGAGGCUGUCAGAAACUCAAUCACUUUAGGCACCAUGACCGAAACGUCCGACCUCGGGAAGCUUCCAUGUGUCUCGGAGGAGAGCAUCAUUGAGUUUCUGAAAAGGAGACUGCUCUCCAAGAUCAUUUACACAUGGGCUGGCUCCAAUUUGAUCGCCGUGAACCCGUUCGAGGACGUGGCCGGCGCCGAAGACCCGGCGCUGAAUGAGCUGAUCCGGCGCCGGGACGGAGCGCGCGGCCCGCUGCCGGCGCACGUGCAUUCCAUCGCGCAGACGGCGCACCACGGCCUGCAGGCAGGCACCGACCAGACCGUCAUCAUCAGCGGCGAGAGCGGCGCCGGCAAGACGUUCUCGGCGCACCGGCUGCUGCACUACCUGGUGCAGCUGGAGGCCAGCGGCAGCCAGGGCACCGGCCGGACCGUCGAGCAGAAGCUGAACGUCUCCAACCCGCUGCUCGAGGCGUUCGGAAACGCGCGCACCACCAACAACGGCAACAGCAGCCGCUUCUGCAAGCUGUUCCGGCUGGAGUACGGCGGCGGCCGGCUGCGCGGCGGUGCCGUACACACCUGCCUGUUCGAGAAAACGCGCGUCAUGUGGCGCGGCGCCGGUGAGCGCAGCUUCCACAUCUUCUACCAAAUGGUGGCCGGACUGCCGGCCGGCUCGCUGCACGCGCUCGGACUCGAUCGGCACGCCUCGCUCAGCGAACUCUCGGGCCACGCCUGUGACGCGGACGCGACCGACUUCGCGGUGACCGAGUCGGCGAUGGCCGAGCUGGGCCUGAGCGGGGAGCAGCGCGCAGCCGUGUUCGCCGUGCUGGCCGCCCUGCUGCACCUCAGUCGGCUGCGGGUGGUGGCGCGCACAGACGACCAGUUCGAGGUGGAGGACGACGCGGCGCUGCAGUGGGCGGCCCGGCUGCUGGGUGUCAGCGCGCCCCAGCUGGCCGAGACGCUGACGGAGCAGCAGCUGGCGGCCGGCCGCAGCAGCGUGGUGCGCCGGCCCUGUCAAACAGAGCAGGAGUUGCUGGCGCGCCGCGACUGUCUGGUGCGCGAGCUAUACGACGGCCUGUUCCGCUGGCUGGUGGAGUGGAUCAACGGCCAGAUCGCCUCGGGCAGCGCGGCGCCGCGCGCCAUCUCGCUGCUCGACAUCUCCGGGUUCGAGAGUCUCGAGACCAACAGUCUGGAGCAGCUGUGUAUCAACUACGCUAACGAGCGGCUGCAACAGUUCUUCCUGGCGUCUUUUCUGCGCCGGCUGGAGGCCGCCUUUCUCGAGGAGGGUCUGAUCGGCGCCAGGCUGGAGUACCCAGACAACGGCCGGCUGCUGGUGGCGCUGGACGGGCCGGCGCCGUCCGUGUUCGGCGCGCUGGACGAGGCCAGCGGGCUGCGUCAGGUGGUGUCGGCCAGUCAGCUGAGCGCCGAGGCGCAGCGCGCCGCCUGCGCGGCCCCCGGCGCCGGCGGCGAGCACACCUUCACCGUGCGCCACUUCUGCGGACCUGUGUCGUACGACGCGCGCGCGCUGGUCGCCAAGAACCGCGACCGUGUGGACGCGACGCUGACGGCGCUGCUGGCGGGCAGCUCGGAGUGGCUAGUGCGCCAGCUGCCGUCGCCGGCGGCGGCGCCGGGCACGCCGCGCGGCGCGCGCCGCCGCAACACGGUGCUGGCGCGCCUGCAGCUGUCGGUGGGAGCGCUGCUGCGCCGGCUGGACGGCUCCGACGUGCAGUUUGUGCGCUGCGUGCGGCCCAACGGCGCCGGCGCGCCCGGCCUGGUGGCCGACGCGUACAUGCGGCGCCAGCUGCGCGCCGCCGGAGUGCUGGCCACAGCCCGGCUCAGCGCCGCUGGUUUCCCGUUCCGUCUGACUCCGGCCGAGUUUGUGGCCCGCUACACGGAGCUGGUGGAGCUGCGGCAGCGCGCCGAGCCGCGGCCAAACAACCUGCUACUCACACAGACGAUCGAGCGGUGGACGCCGGACGACCCCGGGGUACGUGUCGGCACCGGUCACGUGUUCCUGACGCGGGGCGCCUGGUACCGGCUGGGCGACCUGUGUCAGCUGGCGCGCCGCAGCGCCGCCGGUCGGCUGCAGCGCUGCUGGCGCCGCCGCCGCCGGCUGCGCGCCGCCCUGCACGUGCAGCGCUGGGUGCGCGGCUGGCUGGCGCGGCGGCGCUACGGCCGGCUGCGGGCGGCCGUCACCCUGCAGCGGCACACACGCGGCUGGCUGGCGCGGAGACAGUGCCGCCGGCUGCGCGCCGCGCUCACACUACAGCGGUGUGUGCGCGCCUGGCUGGCCGGCCGGCGGCGGCAGCGCGCGGCGGCCGUGCUGCAGCGCUGCUACCGGCGCCGGCUGGAGGCGGCCCGCCGGCAUCGGCGUGACCUCACCGACUCGAUGGUGUCGGACGGCGCCGACUCGGGAGUCAGCUGCCUCGACUCGGGAGUCUGCAGUCUGGAGUCGCCGCCGGGCGAGGAGCGCCGCUGGCAGGCGGGCAGCGGAGCGGGCACGCCGAGCCCGCCGGCCGGCGCGGCGCCGCCCCAGCUCCGGCCGCUGCCCCCGGACAGUCUGCUGGCCGGCAAACCGCUGCACAUGGCACGCGGCAUCGUGUCGGUGCGGCACGUGUUCGCCGACCGCCUGCCGUUCCACACGCGGCGCACGUGCCUGCCGUUCUCGUGCGAGCUGCCGCGGUUCCUGGUUCCGGCCGGUCUGGUGGACUUGGUGUGACCGCGCACUGCCGCUACCGGCGCCAGGCUGACCGUAGUCGUCCGCUAGAGGCUAGAGGUGUAGGUGAGGUAUAGGUAGCUAGUGCUGUGUGAUGCGUGAAGUUGACGUGCGGGUCCGGUUUUAUGUAGAUCGGUGACCAAGUCGAUAUCUGCCAUUUGUAGCUAUUACUAACACCCGAAGUCGGGUAUUCUGUCUCUGGUAUUCUUUGCCGUUGGGUUUUAGUUUGAUGAGUCUGUUUUAAUUGCUCAAGUGGCGCACUGGUUGUAGGCUGUGUGGGUAAUAUUUUUGACGCCGUCGAGUAACCUCUUAAAGGAUCAAAUUGUCAACAUGAUCAAAUUAUCUACUUCCAGCUAUGUCGUCCUACAUGAAACCUGAAACCGAAAGGGAAUUAGUAUGUUGGUGUUAGCACUGCGGAUUGCUGGGUACCAUUUGCCUUUUGACAUGAGCUUUCAGUCGAGCUGGAGACGGGUGCAGGUGCCACAGUCGGUAGGCCGGCGGCCCGUAGUCGGUGAUACUCUUGCCGUUGUUCGCGUGUGUACUAACCAGAUCAGUUGUGGUCGGCCCGUAACUGCGCGGCGACGGGGUCUCUCGAAUCGAGCGAUCGCCGUCGGUACCUGCGGUAGGUACUUAAAGUGGAGAUGUGAGGUGCGUGGUGCCACACGCUUUACGCAGGGUCCAAAUGUGGAUGAAGAUGGGAACAGUCUGUGCCAGAGAGUUUGCUCAGUUGCUUUACAUGCCAGGCGUAGUGGCAGCAUGUAGUCAUAAUAGAAGUCAUAAUAGGAGAAGUCUCACUCCUGCCAUCCAGUGAGCUGGCAGCACUAUUUUUAGGAAGAGAGGCAAGUGCAAUUUAUACUGAUAUUGUCUCGUCCUGGGCGGUAGCCACUUUCAGUAGUGAGUGAUGUGGUUAUCUUCGAUGUCCGUUGUGCCGAAUUACGACCAAUGGUAAUCUAUAAUUCCUUAGAUUGUCUUGUGCCAAACUUUAUUUUUCGUACGCUGCUAUGUCGAGACAUGUUGUUGCAAUAUAUUCGCUGUAUAGUG